AUGGCAUCAGAUGCAAACCCCCCAGUCACCAUAGGCUCUGUUGCUGCCCUCAGGGGCCUGGAUGCUGGGCCUGACAGCAGCUUAUUUCAGGAGAAAGCCAAGGCUCAGAAGAUCCAGCCUGUGGAGCCACAUCUCAAAGACCUUAUGAAACCCCAAGAGCUUCUCAUCUUCAAGCACCCUGCUGCCAUGAGUCUUGGCAUCCAGGCAGCUGCUGGGGAUAGAGAUUACCUCUUGGAUACGAGUUCUGCAGUUGACCAGAGCAACUGUGGUAAAAUCCCCAACCGGGACAGUGGUAUAGAGAGCCCAUCCUGCAGUGUGUCGAGUGAAAACUUUCCCUGUGAGGAAGGCAGGGAGGCCAGCCAAGACUCUACCAGGUUGGGGCUUCACCCAGAGACAGAUAUAAAGGAUGCUCUACUGGACACCUCCAGUGACAUGGGUGAUGGCACCAAAGAGAGAGCUAACCCAGGGACUAUCCUCCAGACAUAUGAUGUGGAGCUAGGAGCAGCCAAGUUCCCCCAACCGCAGCAGCUGUUCAACAUUGCCCAAGAGCUCCUGCACACAGAAGAGGCUUAUGUGAAGCGAUUGCACCUGCUGGACCAGGUCUUCUACACCAGGCUAGCUGAAGCAGGGAUCCCUGCAGAGGUUACUACAGGUAUCUUCUCAAACAUCUCCUCCAUCUACUGCUUCCAUGGACAGUUCCUCUUGCCAGAGCUACAAGCACGGAUUGCCGAGGAGUGGGAUGUGAAUCCUCGGCUUGGGGACAUUCUGCAGAAACUGGCCCUGUUCCUCAAGAUGUACGGGGAGUAUGUCAAGAACUUUGACAGGGCUGUUGAGCUGGUGGGCACGUGGACCCAGCGAUCGAUGCUGUUCAAAGAUGUUGUCCAUGGCAUCCAG